AUGACGCAGCUAUGCAGUGUCCAGGAGAACCACUUGUUAACAGUGGCAGAGCAGAAACAGAGUUUGAUCCUUGCUGGAACCACUGCAUACCUGAACCACGUCAUAGGAGGAAAAAUAAACCUCGAACUGUUUAAGGUCCUGUCAAGUUUUCUAUUACCUGCAGCCAAGUUUCUCGGCCUCUUUUCCAGCCCCCAGCACGCCCGUCUCGUCGUCAUCCUCACUCAGCCUCAACUUCCCACGGCUAAAGAAACAGCCCAGCGCAGACCCCGUCUCCGGGCUCACCCCCCACAACCCUCCCCUUGGCAGGAAACCCCUUACUGCGGUCUAAAGUCACUCCGGCCUCUCCCUCCUCUGACCCUCGCUUCCCACAACUGUUGUCACUCGAGCUGCUCCCUAGUUUCCAUUUCCGGGCCGUCCCCGGCCCUGGAGCCUCUCCUCUCCCGGUUUCCGGGCCCCCCAUCCCAUUUCCGGGGAACCCUUGCCGUCUUCACACCCCCCACCUGCACUUCCGGCCCCCCACUUUCUCGCUUCCUAGAGGCCCUCCAAGCUCCCAAGCCCACUUCCGGCCCCCCGGCCACCACGGGCUCCCCAAGAACCCGCACGCCUUACCCCGGUUCCGUGAAGGGCCCUCCUCAUCGCGGGGGGCCUGAGCGGGGACCCAGCGAACCCUCCUCCCCCCCCCCACCCGCUCCCGCCCGGCCCCGGUCUCCCUCGAGCGUCUCGCCCGUCAACCCCCGACCCGGUCCUUCCGCGGCCCCGCCGCCGCCGGGAGCAGGCCGAGCGGGGGCCGAAUCGCGGCGAUGA